AUGCUCGAAAUCACCUGCACGGGCUCACCUGUAGAGAUUGGUCGUCAGCAUGGUGAGGCGGCAUCCCAGCAGGUGGCUGGAAGCCUUGCCUUCUACAGGCGGCUGUUUGAGAAGUACACAGGCAAGCCGUGGGACGAAGUGCACUCAGUGGCAAAGGGGUUUGCGACACACAUCGCCCAGACAUGGUCGGCAUACUACGAAGAAAUGGAGGGAGUUGCAUGGGGGUCUGGUCAAAGCACGCUCGACAUCGUCGCCCUCAAUGUCAGGUCCGAGAUUAUGUUUGGGCUCAUGAACGACCAAACAAGCCGCGCCCGGACUGAUGGCUGCACGACGGUCGUCUUGAAGCCCACGUCGACUAAGUGCUUCAUGGGUCAAAACUGGGAUUGGAUGGAAGAGCAGAAGGAGAAUUUGCUUCUUCUGACCAUAAUCUCUGAAGGUUCGCUGCCCAAGAUCACCAUGGUCACAGAGGCUGGGAUCAUUGGGAAGAUUGGGUUGAACUCGGCGGGUGUUGGGGUUUGCCUGAACGCAAUCCGGGCUCGUGGCCUGGAUGAAACGCGGUUGCCUGUCCAUCUGGCGUUGAGAAUGGCUUUGAACGCGCAAUCGGCGAGGGAAGCUGCCCAUGCGUUGGAAUGCUACGGGGUCGGAGGAGCAGCUCACAUCAUGAUUGCCGACGCCCACGACGCCAUUGGACUCGAGUUUACCUCGAGUGAUGCCGUUCGACUGAGUCCUGACGCAAAAGGCCGCAUUGUGCAUUCAAAUCACAUGAUACGGAGCCACCGGGAUUUGGACGAAUCAACGGAGGCAGACUCUUUCGCUCGCUUAGACAGGAUACAGGUGUUGACGGAAGCUAUUUUCCAUUCUCCUGAAUUCAGGGCGGGAUUUAGCCUCGUCGACUUUGCGCAGGUCUUUGACGACCAUGAAGGAUAUCCUGUGUCUAUCUGUCGUGCACAGGAAGCGCCCAGCGAGGAUGCUUCGCUGUUCACGAUUGUGAUGGAUUUACAGCAGAAGUCGGCAGUGGUCACCGUAGGCCGGCCAUGUUGCGCCGAGAGCAAACAUGUAAUCAACUUCGACUGA